CAAAGUCUUUAAGAUUAUUACCUGUUGUAAAGCCAUACUCAGAAUCUUUGUUAUUUAGAAAGGUAUCAAAUCCCACAGCUAACUUAACUGCCAAAUUAAAUCAAAUAUUAGAAUUAGCUCAUGAGCAUGAAGUACAAGAC